UAUCGACUCCACAGGAGGCUCAACACAGCCAGAAUUCGUUGGUACACCAGUGACAAGAGCGAAAAACAGUAAGUUCCUGCUGCCUGCCAAGGAGAUGUGUUCUGCCUGUUUGACACCCGUCUAUCCGAUGGAAAAAAUGGUGGCCAACAAGCUAAUCCUGCACUCCAACUGUUUCUGCUGCAAACACUGUAGGAAGAAGCUCAGCCUCACCAACUAUUCAUCUCUUUAUGGAGAGUUCUACUGCAUUUCUCACUACCAACAGCUCUUCAAAAGAAAAGGAAAUUAUGAUGAGGGAUUUGGCCACACGCAACAUAAAAACCGGUGGCUUCAGAAGAAUCAAGAAACAGAUGAACCGGAUGCCAAGUCUACUCCGAAAGAGACAAAAACCAAACGAAGCACCUGGCUUCACAAGAAUAAAGAAAUAGAUGAACCAGAUGCCAAGUCUACUCCGAAAGUGACAAAAACCAAACUAAGCACCUGGCUUCAGGAGAAUAAAGGACCAGAUGAACCAGAUGCCAAGUCUAUUCCUAAAAUGACAAAUACUAAACUAAACAUUUCUGACAGCUCCAGAGAGGCUCCUGCUGAUGCUAUGAAAUCAACUGCAGGAGAGCCGGGAUAUAAAAGUGGUGCUGAAGUUAAAGGGAAACUGAAAAUGAGCUGGCCACCGGAAAAGAAGAGCACUGGGGUUAACCUGACAGAGCGAACAAGUGCAUCAGCUCUGAAAAGUAAGAUAUCAGAGAUCGGCAAUACAGCUGCAGUUACUAGGAGCUUUUCUGAGUAUGGGAAAACUGACAGGCUCAACCACAAAGGAGAGAUCAGAGUUAAGGGAGUGAAGGAACAAUCCCAAUCAGCAGGUUUUCUCUCAGCCGAGAAGUUGCCUACAAAGAAAUUGACAUCUGAGAUCAGCAGAGAACAUCGAGAAAGUGAGAUCUACCUCGAAAUCCCUGAAUAUAAACACCAAGAAGACACAACCAAUAAAUCAAACCACGAGAAUGUUAAAGUGGAGAGCAGUCCAGAGAUUCUACAGACCGAAAUUACAACUCUGAACGAAGGGACGGUUGGCGGAUCACUUGACACUCAAACUUUUAGUUCAACUCAAGACAUUAUGACACAGCAGGAGCCAGCUGAGAAUCCGGAUGUCCCUUCAAGAAACUCGGUCAAUACAUGCAAGUCAGAAAAUCCAAGUCCUGCAGAACAUGUGACUGCUGAGGAGGGCGUCAGUCUCGAAAAGAAUGAAAACCAGCUUGAAAAAACUGAUACAACCAGUGACCAAGAAAACAGUGGUCAUCAGAAGAAGCCUCUUGCAAGAACAAAUUCUCUAAAAGGUUCUGCUAACCAGGCUGACAAGACUAAAGCCAAACUGGGAUCCUGGUCCAAAGGAAAGAGUCCUUUGUCAAAGCUCUUCACAUCCAGUGGAAAGGACAAAACAAACAAGGCUGAACCGAAGGAUGUCAAGAAACCUGAGGCUAAAACUAGCAGUGGACUCUUAGGGAGACUGUUUCAGACUUCUUCAGAGAAAGUUGAGGACGUCACGAAAUCAGCUGCGCAAGAUGAAAGAAGCAACAAAACACCCGCUGAUGACAAGAACACAGGGAAGGAAAAAGACACUAAAGCGAUGCAAAAAGAUAAAGACGUGUCUAAAAUCUCAUCUCCAGAUGUUCAGACAAAUACAGAGGAGAAGUCACAGCCUUCUGAGCCUAGCACACUAGAGAGUAACUGCAGAUCUACAGAAUCAUCCACCCUGUCCCAGAUACCUGCUAGUAAACCAGAUGAUGACCCCACAGCUCCAGCACAAAAUGAUAUAAACCCAACUGAUGGUAAAGCAUCAGAUUUGCAGAGCAGUGAAGCGACAGAUGUGUCUCUCCAUGAUCCUGGAACCAUGAUCCUGGAACAGCAGGGAGAAGAGCCUUCCUCUGCUGUGCAGGCAGUGGACACAGUGCACGAGGAAUCAAUCAUUCAGAUGAAUACAGAUGACUCUACCCAGAAGCUGCUCAAUGCACCAGACGAAGGAGGAAGACAACUGGACAGCGAGGCCUUUUUUGACCUCCACCAUGAACGUCCACAGGAUUCCUCUAUUGCCAACAUCAGCUGA